GGAGAGAACAGCUUCAUUCCCCGGCAUUCACGGUAUAUUUUAAGCUUCUUGCAAUAGAUUUGUGAUCCGUCUGACUGCCCAAUAUGUCGUUCAACAACCCCACUCAAAUCUUCGCGGAAGAUGUGACGGAGGAGAAGGGUGAAAUUGCCCGUCUCUCUGCUUUUGUCGGUGCCAUCGCGGUGGGAGAUUUGGUUAAGAGCACCUUGGGACCCAAGGGAAUGGACAAGAUCCUUCAAUCCGCCUCGACAGGGGAAAUUAUGGUCACAAACGAUGGAGCUACGAUAUUAAAAGCUAUUGCAUUAGAUAACGCUGCUGCGAAAGUGCUGGUGAACAUCUCUAAAGUACAGGAUGACGAAGUUGGUGACGGUACGACGUCCGUGACCGUGCUCGCUGCAGAACUACUACGUGAAGCGGAGAAGCUCGUCGAAAAGAAGAUUCACCCUCAGGUUAUCAUCGAUGGGUAUAGAAUAGCCAGCAAGGCUGCCCUUGGGGCUCUGGAGCAAGCUGCUGUCGAUAACAGCUCCGACCCGGUCGGCUUCCGAAAAGAUUUACACUCGAUCGCUCGAACAACCCUCAGCUCCAAGGUCCUCGCUCAGGAUCGAGACCACUUUGCUAGUUUGGCCUGUGAUGCAGUCUUAAGACUAAAAGGCUCAACCGAUUUGAGCCAUAUCCAGAUCAUUAAGAAGGCGGGUGGCAAGCUGUCGGAUUCAUAUCUCGACGAAGGUUUCAUCCUCGACAAGAAGAUCGGCGUCAAUCAGCCGAAGAGGCUCGAAAAUGCAAAGAUCUUGGUUGCUAACACAGCAAUGGACACAGACAAAGUCAAGAUCUUUGGAGCAAGAGUCAAGGUCGACUCUACGGGGAAGCUUGCUGAGUUGGAGAAAGCUGAGAAGGAAAAGAUGAAAGCCAAGGUGGACAGGAUCAAGGCCCAUGGCAUUAACUGUUUUGUGAACCGACAGCUCAUUUAUAACUGGCCCGAACAAUUGUUUACGGAUGCCGGGAUUGUUUCCAUCGAACACGCCGAUUUCGAUGGCAUCGAGCGAUUGGCCCUGGUGACUGGCGGAGAGAUCGCCUCCACCUUUGACCACCCUGAUCAGGUGAAGCUGGGCCACUGUGACCUCAUCGAAGAAAUCAUCAUUGGUGAAGAUACUCUCAUUAAGUUCUCGGGAGUUGCCGCCGGGCAAGCCUGCACAAUCGUCUUGCGGGGCGCCACCGAACAACUCCUUGACGAGGCAGAGAGAUCCCUCCACGAUGCCCUUGCCGUCCUAUCGCAAACCGUGAAAGAGCCAAAGGUGACACUCGGCGGUGGCUGUGCGGAAAUGAUCAUGUCUAGGGCCGUCGAGCAAACCGCCCAAAACACCACUGGCAAGAAGCAGCUCGCAGUUGACGCGUUUGCCCAAGCGCUCAAGCAGCUCCCCACCAUCCUCGCCGACAACGCCGGCCUGGAUUCAAGCGACCUUGUUACCCGACUAAGGCAGGCUAUCAACAAGGGGUUGAUGAGCUCCGGUUUGGAUCUUCUUACUCCCGGUGGCGGCAUUGCAAACAUGCGCGAACUUGGCGUCGUCGAAAGUUAUAAGCUAAAGAGGGCGGUUGUGUCUUCAGCAUCAGAAGCUGCAGAGCUCCUCCUUCGUGUCGAUAACAUCAUCCGAAGCGCCCCGCGCAAGAGAGAGCGCGUCUAGGUUUGAUAGGGCGUAAUGUUUUUUCUUCAAACGCCUACGUUUCAAAGCUGGCUUUCGUUGCUAUGUCCUCAAGAGACCAGGUGGGCAUCGUGCAAGCACAACAGAUUAAUGAAAAGGAAAUAGGGAAUGGUGUUGCCGGCAUUGUUGCUACAAGCGCAAAACUAAAAUCGCACAUAUUUGCUAGACAUGACAAUGAAAUAGUUAAUUGUACCCCAGGAUACCCAACAUCUCUACCAGCUCUUUGUCCCAAAAGGAGUUCUCCCAGACGUGACGUGGCGUCAGGGAAUAAAAAUCGUCCGUCCAUUAUAUCAUUCGCCAACGCUCCCUUAGCAGUUUGCUAUUGGCUUCUCUGUGGCAUGGUUCUUGUCUAAAAUGCCUAUGCCUAUGGGAAUAUCGGCCGAAGGGCUCUUCAAGUUGUCUUUGAUGCCUUCCCCAGAGGGUAACUGUGGAAAGUUUUGGGGAACUUGGUCUCUGGCUGCUGGACUUCGAGACC